UGUCGGCUAUUUUAUAAAGUUAUUUUUCCGUGUCUUUAGCACAAUAUAGACUGGUUGUAUAAAACAUAUAGGCUCUGUGGAUGUUACAGGUGCGAAAUCCGUGGUUGAUGGAGUUAGAGUUUGACUAUAAAGAGGCGGUGAUGGUGGAGGUUUAGCGCCAAGUUAAAUCUACUCCUCCCAACUCUAGGCGCCAGCUCAGAGGAACUAGCACGGCCUGGGUACAGACACACAAGACAGCAGCUCCGAUUCAAGACAACAGGCCGUGAAGUAACACAACAUCCAGACUUAUUUAUUUUCACGACGUGGAUAAGAGUGAACUUCAAGGGUGGAAACUUGAGGUUUACUCAGAGACUGACACCAACCCCCCCUCGGAGUAUAAUGCGGGGACAACGGGAAGACACAGAACCGACGUCUGUUGCUCCCGAGGCGCCCAAGGAAACUACAGCACGACCGAGAAAGAGGAAGGCAGAUGUUGCCAUUUAUUUACAAGAUCUGGAUGAGGAGGUAGCAGAGAUGACGAGGAAGAAGCAGCGUGACUGUGAGCUGGUCUGGAGUCCUGAUGCUGGCUACAAAAGUCCUCACAGGUGGAUCCCCACUCCUGAUCAGGAAGAAUACCAGUCUGUCACCCUGAUAAACGCAGGUUUCCCCCACUACAACUUCACCAACAUAUUUGCAACACCCGUGCAUUGUGCUCCACUCCCUGCACUGUGCUGGGCCAGCAAGGAUGUGGUAUGGAGCAACAUGUUGGAGAAGGAUAAGACCUACACCAGGGAUGUUCACGUGAUGGAGAAGCAUCCUCAUCUGCAGCCCAAGAUGAGAGCGAUUCUCCUGGACUGGCUCAUGGAGGUGAGCGAGGUGUACAAACUGCACAGGGAGACGUACCACCUGGCUCAGGACUACUUUGAUCGCUUCAUGGCCACGCAGACAAACGUCUUCAAGUCAACGCUGCAGCUCAUAGGCAUCACCUGUCUCUUCAUUGCUGCCAAAGUAGAGGAAAUGUAUCCUCCUAAGGUCCACCAGUUUGCCUACGUCACAGACGAGGCCUGCACAGAAGAAGAGAUUCUCAGUAUGGAAAUCAUUAUUAUGAAGGAGCUGAAGUGGAGUCUCAGCCCACAAACCCCCAUCUCCUGGCUGAAUGUUUACAUGCAGGUGGCCUACCUGAAAGAGACAGACGACCUGCUCAUCCCCCGAUAUCCCCAGGCGACAUUCACACAGAUAGCAGAGUUGUUGGACCUGUGUAUGCUAGACGUGCAUUGCCUCGAGUUUUCUAAUGGCAUCCUUGCUGCUUCAGCCCUGUUUCACUUCUCCUCUCUGGAGCUGGUGGAAAAUGUUUCAGCUCUGAAGAGGGUGGAGGUAGAGGAGUGUGUGAGGUGGAUGGUGCCAUUUGCCAUGGCACUGCGAGAGGUUGGCGGUUUACCCAUGAAAACAUUCACAGGAAUCCCUGCAGACGACAUGCACAACAUCCAGUCCCAUGCCCCCUAUCUUACAUGGCUGGACAAGGCCUACUCUUACCAGGAUGUGGAGUUGGAGUGUCACGGCAGCUGUUCUGUCCCUUCAGGCAUCCUGACUCCACCCCUGAGCAGUGAGAAAACGGAAGAGUUAGACCGAGUAGAUACCACAGUGCUGAAAAUUAAACCAAGGAUGCAAACUGCAUCUCCGCAGCAGCACCCUCCAAAGUAGCGAAGCGACCACUGAAAGCGAUAAGUCAACAGCAAAUCCCAGUUACAUUUUUACAUUAUAGCUGUAAGAAUGAAGCAACUCUGAUGUGUUGACUCUCAACCGUGGCACCUCUGCAGUACCAGAACACAUGUAUGAUGGAGUUUUGGUGGGGAAACACUGAUGGAAAUAGGAUUUUCUCAUUUCAAAGUCAUGCUGACUACUUGGAUCCAGAUACUUUUAAGUGGCUCUGCAGGGUGCUCACCCUGACUCUGGAUAAAUUGGGUAAGCUCUGACAAUAAGUGAGCAAACGGUUUUGAAAGCCACUGUCCCUGCAGGAGGCUCACCUAUAUAACCCUCCAGUAUGGAUGAAAACACACAGCAAGGGGCCAGUAGGGACGGGAGGGACCAAGAGGAGAUUUUUGUUUUUGUUUUUUAACGGCAUCACACCCUCAUGCAUGCAUUAAUUACCAGUCACACCUACAUUUAGUGGUUGCCAUUUUUAUUUUCUAUGCAGAGGCCAAAUUGAGUUUUAUGGAGAGAUCUGAUUGUGAGUGUGUGUGUUCAUAGUGGUUGGUGUCUUUCUUUUUAUUCUGUUAGUGUACUCAUUUGCCCAAAAACUAUUUCUAGAGUCAUAUUUGGCUCUAUGUGCUGCUAUAAAGUGGGCUUUGCAUGAUGGAGGGGAGAGAGAGCCGGUGUGUUUGUGUUUUUUUUUUUUUUUUUUUUUUGUAAUGAAAUAGGGUGUUGCUCUUGUUUUUGAUUCUACUCUUGCCAUUUUAUUGGACAGAACAUUGUCAUGUUUUACUUUGGGACCAGUAGCUUGGCUACAUAAAUGGACAAGUGAAAAAGCCAGGCUUCAGAAGCUAAACUAUUGAUUGUAUUUAACUUUUUUUAUUUUUAUCCCAACCUGCAGUUUGUUUGCCCAUUACCAAAAUGUAAGAUUUCUAUUUGUCUUUUUAAAAUAAAAUGCUGCUACAUA